AUGUCGCCCGCGAGCCGCCGGCGCGCCGCGUCGGGAUCCCCACGUCGUUUUGGCGUCUCGCGCGCGCGUGCCGCGACGUUCCUCGCGCUCGUCGUCGCGUCCGCGUGCGCGCGCCCGUCUUUCGCGCGCGGGGCGCGACGCGAUGACGAAUCGUGGUACCGCGCCGACGUGGAGGAGUUCGCGCUGGACGGGCCGGAUGCGGUGCAGGCGCACGUCGCGUCCGCGCUGCGGGAGAACCGCGAGCGCCCGGACUACGACGCGGCGGUGAACCCGAUCCUCCCCGGGGGCCGGGUCCGCGACGUCGCCGUCGCCGUCGCCGCCGCGAGGGGCGACAUCCGGCGCCCGGUCUCCUCCGCGGGUCUUCUCGGCAUCGGAGCGGGCGACGGCGACGGCGACGGCGACGACGACGACGACGACGGCGCGCGCGCACCCAGCCCCGCGCGCCCCGACGACGCCGACGACGAAGCAUCCGACGAGGCCGACGACGAAUCCGAGGAGUCCUUCGACGGCGCGGCGUGGGGAAGGCGGGACGUCCUCGGGGGCAUGAUCGUCGACGACGACGACGACGACGCGGGCGCCCCUGAAGGCACCCCGGAAGGCACCCAACACCGAGGUCGAUCCCUCGCGCGUUCAUCGAGGACGCGUUCGACGAGCGCGCUCGAGCUCGCGCGUCGGAUGAGGGCGUCGAGAUGCGGCUCGGCCAUCGCGUCCGGCGCCGUGGCCGCAGCGGGCGCGAUGCCCAGAGAUCCGCGCGAGUGGGCCGCCGCCGAGGACGAGGAGACCGGGCUGGGGGUCACCGAGGUGCCGUGGAUGAUCGCCAUGGAGGUUGGAGAGCGACGCGAACGGGAGCGAAUGGGUCGAAUCGCGAGGGCGUCUUCGCAGACAGGGGGGGCGAAUGGAGGGGCGAAUGGAGGGGCGAGAGACGAAUCAAACUCGGCCGUCUCGUCGCCCCACGCGACGGACGAUCGGGAAGCCGAGCUCGAGGCGAGGUACUCGGACCUCCUGCGUUGGGUCACGCGCAAGGGCGGCGUCGUCGGCGUCGGGGUGAACGUCACCAGGGUCGUCGGCAAGCCCGGGGACGGUUGGGGUUUCGUCGCGGCUGACGGCGUUUCGGAUGACGACGGCGCGGAUGGAUCGAAUCGAGACGAAGCCGAAGCCGUCACAGCUGUCAGCCCCGGCGACGUCGUCGCGAGGGUUCCCAUCGCGCUCGCGCUGUCGCACGUCGCCGCGAGGACGUACAGGGUCGACGACGCGCCCGUCGGUGAUUUGCUCCGGAGACUCUUCGACCAAGCGCCGGAGUACGCGCUGUGCAUGAUGCUCCUCCACGAGCGGUUCAAGCUCGUUCACGGGCUCGAUUCGCCGUGGGGUCCGUACGUCCGAACCCUAUCGCACGUCGAACCGUCGGUCAAGGUGUUGAGGGAGCUGCGGGGCACGUACGCGGACGAGGCGCGGCGGGAGUGGGACGCGCGGGUGAGGGCCGCGCACGAGUGGAUCACCGACACCGGCUGCGGCGGCGCGCUGCGGUCCAUGUGCCAACGGAAGCCCGGGAGGCACGGCGCCGGCUCCGGGUCGUUCAACAGGGACGACGUGCGUUGGGCGCUCGGGGUGGUUCGAUCCAGAGCGGUUUGGAUCGCGCGGCGGUUCGGAUCGGGCGGGGGUGGUGCCGAUUCGGGUUCCGGCGGGAUCGAGUCGCGUCGACGUUUUCCCGCGUUGGUGCCGCUGCUGGACCUGCUUCCGCACGACGGAAACGCCGGCGGGAGCACGACGCUCGGGGUGGAUAACGUCAUAACGGUCACGUCCGGUUCAUCCUUCGCCGCCAACGCCGAGAUCGCGAUAAACCGCGGGACGAACUGCACGGACGCGGAGCAGCUCCUGGCGUACCACGCUUUGGCCCCGGGGGUGAACCGACACAACGCGGUUCGGCUGAACCUGCCGGGCGCCGAGAUUGCGUCUGCCGGGGUGAUACGCAAGGUGGAGCUCCUGCGGCGCUGGAGACGGGAGAUGGCGAUGCCGCCGCGUGGCGCGGACCUGUGGAGGGACGCGCGAGGUUUGGGUCUGUACGGGGACGGGGACGAGGAGGAAAUGAGGGCCAUGGGCGACGCCGCCAGGGAAAACGCCCAAUCGAAGAAGAGGCGUUUGGCGUCGCUGGUCGCGAAAGGGGAGGGAGGCGGCCGAUCGGGAGGCGCGAUGACGAUCGAGGAGGAGCUCUUGCUCACCGACGAGGCGAGGGACCCGGCGGAGGCGGCCGCGAAGGCUGCCGCGCGCAUCGGCGUCGACGUUAAGGACCUCCUCGAAUUGGACUCACAAUGGGACGACGACGAAGACGACGACGGCGAGGCGUACGCGUUGUACUCGGCUCCGAACCCCGACCAUCCCGGCGGUGACUCUCCCGCGUUGGAUCACCACAGGCGAAGCCUCGCGAGGUUGGCGGCCCAGACGGCCGCGGCGGCUGCGUACGCGGACGUCUCCGGCGGCGCCGACUACGCCGGAACACGCCCGGAUGCAAUUUCCGGAAGCGGAAGGAACGGAAACCCAACCGGGGGAUCAUCGGGGGGCGCGGAUGUCAACGAGACUCGAAGCCCUCGAGGUGGCGCGGACCUCGAAGCGCGGAGCGACGGCGGGAACGCGACGCGAGCGGCGCUACGAAGUGCCAGGGCGUUCUUCGAGAGAGGCGCGCCCCCGCCGAGGGGUUUGGAUCCGCUCGACCUCUUCCUCCUUCGCAAGGGACGACUCAUGUCGGAGUGCGGCGGAGUCAAGGAUUUCGUCAUCACCGCCGCCGGGGCCAGCGACGCGUUGAUGUGCGCCACGCGGGUUUUACUCGCGAACGAGACGGAGGUCAAGGCGCUGGAAGGUGGCGGGAGCGACCCGCACUGGAGCGGCGAUCGGAUGGAGAGCGCGUCGGAGAUUGAACGACUGAAAGCGCUCGGGUUGAUGCACGAGCCCUUUCAACCGUCCCGGCCGUUGAGUUUCACGAACGAGCUCGCGGCGAUUCGGAGGAUAGCGUCCGCGGCGACGAACAUCCUCGCCGGAUACGGCACCACCGAGGAGGAAGACCUCGAGCGACUACGUGACGUGGACCCGGUGGUCUUGGGUUUGUUGGGGUACGACGACGACCGUUACGGUGACCGUUACGGUGACGGUUACGGCGACGGCGAGCGCGGGGUUUGGUCGGGUGACUCGGACGACGACGAUUCGAAUUCCUCGUCGAGUGAGCGCGCUUCGAUACCAAGGGAGCGCCCCAAAGGGUUCCCCGCGAGGGUUCCCGGGGGCGUCUUGGCGUCCGCGGUGGCGCUCCGCGUCCGCGAGCGGCGGAUGCUGCGCAGCGCGGUGCUCGCGCUGCGCGAUCGCGCCGAGACGUUGCGCGACGAAGACGUCGAGAUCUUUCAAGUCGAAGAAAAGGAGAGACGACGGAUAGAGCGAGACGCGUUUGAGCGCGAACGCGCCGAACGAAUUCGAGAGCUCUCCAGAACCUUUCUCGAGCGCGAGGUUCUCGCGUCCAUCGACGUCGACGUCGUGCAACCUGCUGAUUCAAUCGGCGCGGAUGACAAGUCGCAUGACGAGAAUGCGCACCCUAAACGACAGACGACGACGGUCACGAAGACGGUGAAGGUUCGCGCCGGCGACGAUCUCGAGUCGAUCGUCCGCGAGUUCAUGGCGGCAAACUCGAUCGACCAAUCCAACGACGACGCCUUCGCGUCCUUGAAGCGGACGCUGCUCGAACGCGUCGAACGGGGUGCGGCUGAACGCCGGGUGGCCAAUCGAAGAGUCGGUCGAUGCGCGGUCAUCGUCCCCGACGGGCGGAAAGUCGUCGUCGCGCCUCGAGUCGGCGAGGAAUUAACCGACGUCGUUCGCGGCUUCGCCGAGGCGUUCGACGUCCCGCUCCCGCUCGUUCCCGCGCUCGCCGCCAGGGUCAACGCGAGCCUCGCUAAGCGCGCUGAGCGACGCACGCUGCUGACGCUCAACGUGGUGGCUCCCGACGGUCGGAGCGAGCUGGAGUUCGACGUCGUCGACGGCGAACAGCACGACUUGCUCGAAUCCGCCCGGGAGUGGGCGCUCGCCUACGCGGUCCAUCCCGGUGCGGCGGUUCAGGUCGCCGAUGCGGCGUUUCAGGCGUUACCCCCCGUCGUCGUCGCCUUUCCCGUUGACGUCCCGGGCAGGGCGAGGAAGCAAUUGGCGAUUCGUGACGUGGACGAGGUGUCGAUCAGGCGAACGUGCGCUGCGUUUUGCGAGGCGAACGAUUUGGGAGGCGGCGAGACCACGGUGGAUGCGUUGACGCGAGGCGCCAUGAGCCGUAUCAACCCGGGCGCCGUGCUCGUGGACGCGGACAGGCGGGACCGAUCCUAA